AUCGCCGCCAGCCUGCCUCGCCGCCAUCGCGCGCGCCGCGUCCCCUGGCUCUGCGAAGGACAGGCCUCGCGCCAGGACCCCGGCGGACUUCGGAGGUGCCAAGAUGGUGGGGGAACUGCGCUACAGGGAAUUCAGGGUGCCCCUAGGGCCCGGCUUGCACGCCUAUCCCGAUGAGCUGAUCCGCCAGCGGGUGGGUCACGACGGGCACCCCGAGUACCAGAUCCGUUGGCUCAUCCUCAGGCGUGGAGAUGAUGGGGAAGGGGACUCGAGCCAAGUGGACUGCAAGGCCGAACACAUCCUGCUGUGGAUGUCCGACGAUGAGAUCUAUGCCAACUGCCACAAGAUGCUGGGCGAGGAUGGCCAGGUCGUCGGGCCCUCUCAGGAGUCUGCAGAGGUUGGGGCCUUGGACAAAUCGGUGCUUGGCGAGAUGGAAACAGACGUGAAGUCCCUGAUUCAGAGGGCCCUUCGACAGCUGGAGGAGUGUGUGGGCACCGUCCCUCCUGCCCCUCUGCUUCACACUGUCCACGUGCUCAGCGCCUAUGCCAGCAUCGAGCCCCUCACUGGGGUCUUCAAAGACCCAAGGGUCCAGGAUUUGCUCAUGAGCAUGUUGAGCAGUCCGGAUUACCAAAUACGCUGGAGUGCGGGCCGGAUGAUUCAAGCCCUGUCCUCCCAUGAUGCUGGUGAGGGGCCGUUUGGGGAGGAAGGGAGAACAGGAGAGGGGCUGGGUCUGCUCAGGGCAUCACAGGACACUGUGGCAGGAGCCUCUGACGUCAUCAGGACCCGGACCCAGAUCCUUCUGUCACUGAGCCAACAAGAAGCUAUUGAGAAACAUCUGGAUUUUGACAGCCGCUGUGCUUUGCUAGCACUCUUUGCCCAGGCCACCCUCGCUGAGCAUCCCAUGUCUUUUGAGGGCAUCCAGCUGCCACAGGUGCCGGGAAGGCUGCUCUUCUCCCUGGUGAAGCGCUACUUGCAGGUCACUUCCCUCCUGGAUCGGCUGAAUGACAGUGCCGGGGAACCUGGUGCCCAGAACAACUCUGCUGCGGGGAGACCGAGUGCCGAGAGGAACCGGCUGCAGAUGGAAUUCAGCAUGGCCAUGGGCACCCUGAUCUCUGAGCUGGUGCAGGCCAUGCGCUGGGACUGGGCCACGAGACCCGGAAGCUCUGCACGGUCCUCGGGUUCCAUCUUCCAGCCUCAGCCAGCAGCAGCGGCCAGCUCAGGGUUCCCACGCCCCCAGCCCCGGCGCACCUUCCGGAGGUCAAGGCGGUUUCGCCCCCGCAAUGAGUUUGCCAGUGGCAAUACCUAUGCCUUGUACGUGCGGGACAUGCUGCAGCCGGGGAUGCGGGUGCGCAUGCUGGAUAAUUACCAGGAGAUCAGUGCUGGGGAUGAGGGCGAGUUCCGGCAGAGCAACAGCGGCGUGCCCCCUGUGCAGGUGUUGUGGGAAUCUACAGGCCGGACCUACUGGGUACACUGGCACAUGCUAGAGAUUUUGGGGUUUGAGGAAGACAUUGAGGAUGUGGUCGAGGUUGAUGAGCGCCAAGGGGCAGUGAUCAAUGGAGCCCUGGGCGGAGGCCUGCCUUGCUGGCGCUGGAGGCCCAUGAGUGAGCUCUACGCCGUGCCCUACGUGGCGCCCGAGGAGGCGGACAUCGAGGAGAGCGAGCACUUGGCCCAGGCCGAGUGGUGGGAGCUCCUCUUCUUCAUCAAGAAACUGGACAGGUCUGACAUUCAGCAAGUCGUGCAGAUCCUGCAGGACAACCUGGACGGGGAGCACGUUCUGGAUGAAGAGAUCCUGCCUGAACUGACUGUACCCAUUGAGUUGGCCCAGGACCUGCUGCUGUCUCUGCCUCAGAAACUUGAUGACAGUGCCCUCAGGGACCUGCUCAACUGUCAUAUCUACAGGAAGUAUGGGCCCGAAGCUCUGGCAGGGCAGCUGGCCUACCCAUCCUUUCUAGAAGCCCGGCAAGAUGUGCUCCUGCUGAAAUCUCAGGCCCAGCUGCAGGAGUCAGAAGGUGCAGCUGAAGUGAAAGCAAACCCCCCAUCUCAGAGUGCCAGUCCUGCCCUGCAGCAUCUGGUGGAGGCUCUGGGCUCAUCGGGGAAGCUCCUUGUGGAUCUGGAGCGAGCCCUCAGCUGCGACGCGCCCCAGGAGAGCGAGGUCAAGCCAUGCUUACUGCGGCUCCAGCGGCAGCCCCAGCCCUUCCUCACCCUGAUGCAGAGCCUGGACACUUCAGCCACCAACAAAACCCUGCAUCUGACUGUCCUGAGCAUCCUGACGAAACUGGUGGACUACCCCGAGGCCCUGCUGCUGCCCUGGCACGAGCCCAUGGAUGCCUGCAUGGUCUGCCUGAGGUCCCCCAAUACUGACCGAGAGGUGCUCCAGCAGCUCAUCUUCUUCCUACACCGCUUGACCUCGGCGAGCAGGGACUACGCUGUGAUACUGAACCAGCUGGGGGCGCGGGAGGCCAUCUCGAAGGCCCUGGAAAAGCACCUGGGGAAGCUGGAGCUGGCGCAGGAGCUGAGGGACAUGGUGUUCAAGUGUGAGAAGCACGCCCACCUCUACCGGAAGCUCACCACCAACAUCCUGGGCGGCUGCAUCCAGAUGGCACUGGGCCAGAUCGAAGACCACCGACGAACCCACCGGCCCAUCAACAUCCCCUUCUUUGAUGUGUUCCUCAGAUACCUGUGCCAGGGUUCCAGUGUGGAAACGAAGGAGAACAAGUGCUGGGAGAAGGUGGAGGUGUCCUCCAACCCUCACCGGGCCAGCAAGCUGACCGACCGCAACCCCAAGACCUACUGGGAGUCCAGCGGCAGCGCUGGCUCCCACUGCAUCACCUUGCACAUGCGCCGAGGUGUCCUCGUCAGGCAGCUGACUAUGCUGGUGGCCGGAGAGGAUGCCAGCUACAUGCCAGCGCGGGUGGUAGUGUGCGGGGGCAACAGCACCAGUGCUGUGAACACAGAACUCAACUCGGUGAACGUGAUGCCCUGUGCCAGCCGGGUGACCCUCCUGGAAAACCUGACCUGCUUCUGGCCCGUCAUCCAGAUUCGCAUAAAGCGCUGCCAGCAGGGUGGCAUCGACACACGCAUCCGGGGACUGGAGGUCCUGGGCCCCAAGCCCACCUUCUGGCCGGUGUUCCGGGAGCAGCUUUGUCGGCACACACGCCUCUUCUACAUGGUUCGGGCCCAGGCCUGGAGCCAGGACAUAGCAGAGGACCGCAGGAGCCUCCUGCACCUGAGUUCUAGGCUCAAUGGGGCUCUACGCCAGGAGCAGAAUUUUGCUGAUCGCUUCCUUCCUGAUGACGAGGCUGCCCAGGCGCUGGGCAAAACCUGCUGGGAGGCCCUGGUCAGCCCCCUGGUGCAGAACAUCACCACUGCCGAUGAGGACGGCAAGAGCCCCCUGGGCUGGCUGCUGGACCAGUACCUGGAGUGCCGGGAAGCCGCCCGCAACUCCCAGAGCCGGGCGGCGGCCUUUUCGGCGCGGGUACGCCGCCUCACCCACCUGCUGGUGCACGUGGAUCCCUGCGAGAAAGCCCCUCCCGUGGUGGCCAUCCCUCAGCCCAAGGGCAGAACCAGAAGCCAUGACUGGAGCUCCUUGGUCACCCGGGGCCUCCCGAGCAGUAUCAUGAGAAACCUGACCCGCUGCUGGCACACUGUGGUGGAGGAGCAGGUGAACAACUUCCUAACCUCAUACUGGCGGGAUGAUGACUUCGUACCCCGCUAUUGCGAGCACUUUUAUAACCUGCAGAAGUCCAGCUCUGAGCUGUUUGGGCCGCGGGCAGCUUUCCUGCAGGCGCUGAAGCAAGGGUGUGCUGGGGCCUUGCUGAGGCUCCCUUUCCUCAGAGCUGCCCACGUGACUGAGCAGUUCGCCAGGCACAUUGACCAGCGGAUCCAGGGCAGCCGGAUGGGUGGAGCCCGGGGAUUAGAGAUGCUGGCCCAGUUACAGCGAUGCCUGGAAACGGUCUUAAUUUUCUCCGGCCUAGAAAUAGCCACCACUUUUGAGCAUUACUACCAACACUACAUGGCAGACCGUCUCCUGAGCGUGGGCUCGAGCUGGCUGGAGGGCGCUGUGCUGGAGCAGAUUGAUCCCUGCUUCCCCAACCGCCUCCCCCAGCAGAUGCUGCAGAGCCUGAGCACCUCUGAGGAGCUGCAGCGGCAGUUCCACGUCUACCAGCUUCAGCAGCUGGACGAGGAACUCCUGAAGCUGGAUGACACCGAGAAGAAAAUACAGGUGGACCAUGAGGACACUAGCAAAGAGCAGGAGAGUGAGAAGAAAGGGAAUGUUGGUGCCACAGCAGCAGAGGUGGCCAUGGCAGACGGCGAGGAGGAGGAGGAGGAAGAGGAGGAGGAGGAACUCUACGGAGAGGGUGACAUGCCAGAAAUAUCUGUGCUUGUCCUGUCUCCACGCUGCUGGCCUGUUGCCUCCAUCUGCCACACUCUGAACCUCAGAACCUGCCUUCCCUCUUACCUGAGGGCCACUCUGGACCGAUACUCUAACUUCUACAGUAAGAGCCAGAGCCACCCUGUGUUAGAGCGAGGUCCGCAGACACAAUUACAGUGGACGUGGCUGGGCCGGGCUGAGCUUCAGUAUGGGGAGCAGAUUCUGCAUGUGUCCACAGUCCAGAUGUGGCUGCUGCUGCAUCUCAACGAUCUGAAGGUGGCGUCUAUCGAGAGCCUGCGGGGUCUCUCCGGGCUCCCUCUCGAUGUGCUGAAUCAGGCUGUUGUGCCUCUCACCUCAUCGAGAGGCCCUCUGGACCUUCAGGAGCAGGACGCAGUGGGAGGAGUGCUCAAGGUUAGAGAUGACAGUGAGGAACCCAGGCCACGGAGGGGCAACGUGUGGCUCAUCCCACCUCAGACAUACAUGAAAGCUGAGGACGAAGAGGGCCGGAAUUUCGAGAAGAGAUGGAACCUUUUAAAUUGCCUUGUCGUCCGAAUCCUCAAGGCCCAUGGGGACGAGGGGCUACACAUUGACCGGCUUGUCUGUCUGGUGCUGGAGGCUUGGCAGAAGGGCCCAUGUCCUCCCAGAAAUUUGGUCAGCAGCCUUGGCAGGGGGUCUGUAUGUGGCAGCACUGAUGUCCUCUCCUGCAUCCUGCACCUACUGGGCAAGGGCACUCUGAGACGCCACGAUGACCGGCCCCAGGUGCUGUCCUAUGCAGUCCCUGUGACUGUGAUGGAGCCCCACACUGAGUCUCUGAACCCCAGCUCCUCGGGCCCCAACCCACCCCUCACCUUCCACACCCUGCAGAUUCGUUCCCGGGGUGUGCCCUAUGCCUCCUCCACUGGCACCCAGAGCUUCUCCACCUUCCGAUAGCCCUGGAGAUGGGGUCCAGGGUGGCCAGUGCUUUCUACAGAAAUAAAACACAGGAAUUUGA